GGAUGAAUGCUGCAGUGCGGGCUGUUGUCCGAAUGGGAAUAUAUGUAGGAGCUAAAGUCUAUUUUAUUCAUGAGGGAUAUCAGGGUAUGGUGGAUGGAGGUGACAACAUUAAGGAGGCAACGUGGGAAAAUGUCUCCAGCAUGCUACAAGUGGGUGGCACAGUCAUCGGCAGCGCGCGGUGUAAAGAGUUCCGCACACACGAGGGACGCCUGAAGGCGGCACACAACCUGGUGAAACGAGGCAUCACCAACCUGUGUGUGAUCGGAGGAGACGGCAGCCUGACGGGAGCCAACCUCUUCAGAGAGGAGUGGAGCGGACUCCUGACUGAGCUGGUGCAGCAGGGGCUGAUUAAUGAAGAUGCAGUGCAGAAAUACUCAGCCCUGCACAUUGUGGGAAUGGUGGGUUCCAUCGACAAUGACUUCUGUGGAACCGACAUGACAAUCGGAACUGACUCUGCUCUGCACAGAAUUAUCGAAGUCGUGGAUGCAAUCAUGACCACUGCCCAGAGCCACCAGAGGACGUUUGUGCUGGAGGUCAUGGGAAGGCACUGUGGUUAUCUGGCGUUGGUGAGUGCCCUGGCUUGUGGAGCUGACUGGGUUUUGAUUCCUGAGAUGCCACCGGAGGACGGGUGGGAAGAGAAGAUGUGUCAGAAACUCUCAGCGACUCGAUCCAGAGGUUCAAGGCUGAACAUUAUCAUAGUGGCCGAGGGGGCCAUUGACAGACACGGGAAACCAAUUACCUCUGGUAUUGUCAAGGAUCUGGUUGUUCGCUGCCUCGGCUUUGACACACGCGUGACCAUCCUCGGCCACGUCCAGAGAGGGGGCACCCCGUCAGCUUUCGACAGGAUCCUGGCCAGCAGGAUGGGUGUGGAGGCAGUGCUGGCUCUGCUGGAAACGACAGCCAACACGCCGGCCUGCGUCGUCUCUCUGUGUGGAAAUCAGGCGGUCCGUCUGCCCCUGAUGGAGUGUGUGCAGAUGACGCAGGAGGUUCAGAAAGCAAUGGACGAGAAGAAGUUCGAGGAUGCUGUGCGACUGCGUGGCAGGAGUUUCGAGAAUAACCUGAAGACGUACAAACUCCUGGCUCACCGCAAACCGGAGUCUGAACUUCCACACGUAAGUGUCGCCAGCUCUAGCAAUUUUAACGUGGCGGUGCUGAACGUGGGGGCGCCGGCGGCUGGCAUGAACGCUGCCGUCCGCUCCGCCGUCAGGGUUGGCAUCUCAGAGGGGCACAAGAUGUUCGCUGUCAGUGACGGGUUUGAAGGAUUCUACAAGGGACAGAUCAAAGAGAUUAAGUGGGCUGACGUGGGUGGCUGGACUGGUCAAGGGGGAUCUCUGUUGGGAACCAAGAGAACACUUCCAGCAAAGCACACUGAUAAAAUUGCAGAACAGAUGCGCAAAUAUAAUAUAAAUGCACUGCUUGUCAUUGGAGGAUUUGAGGCCUACCUGGGGAUCAUGGAAUUGUUAGCGGCCCGUGGGAAAUGUGACGAGUUCUGUGUGCCCAUGGUUAUGGUGCCCGCCACAGUCUCCAACAAUGUCCCGGGCUCAGACCUCAGCAUUGGCGCAGACACCGCUCUGAACGCCAUCACUGAUACAUGCGACCGUAUCAAGCAGUCAGCCAGUGGGACCAAGCGUCGUGUGUUUAUCAUUGAGACCAUGGGGGGAUACUGUGGUUAUCUGGCCAGUGUGGGUGGACUCGCCGCCGGUGCUGAUGCUGCCUACAUCUAUGAAGAGCCAUUUGACAUCCGUGACCUACAGGCAAACGUGGAGCACUUAACGGAAAAAAUGAAGACAAGCAUUCAGAGAGGACUGGUCCUCAGAAACGAGAACUGCAAUGAAAACUACACCACUGACUUCAUCUACCAACUCUACUCUGAGGAGGGCAGGGGAGUCUUUGACUGCAGGAAGAAUGUUCUGGGUCACAUGCAGCAGGGUGGGGCUCCAUCUCCAUUCGAUCGUAACUUUGGAACAAAGAUCUCAGCCAAAGCCAUGCAAUGGAUUUCUAAGAAGCUAAACGAAACCUACAGACAAGGGCGAGUGUUUGCCAACACAGAGGACUCGGCGUGUCUGCUGGGCAUGCGUCGACGGGCUCUCAUCUUCCAGCCUGUGGUGCAGCUUAGAGACGAGACAGACUUUAUUCACAGGAUUCCCAAAGAGCAGUGGUGGCUGAAGCUCCGCCCCCUGAUGAAGAUCCUGGCUAAAUACAAGACGAGUUACGACGUGUCCGACUCUGGUCAGCUGGAGCACGUCGUUCGUGACAGACCCAAAGAGUCGGACGCCACUGCCGCCAUCUGAGGCCGAGGGGACCGCGGUCGACGGUACGGAGGGGGUCAGAGGCUAUCGAAUACGGUAACGACGUGAGCUAGAGCAGAAGCUUCAUUUGUACUUUUCUCGUCGCAUCAUCAGAGCGUCACCCGUUGUUGUUUUACAAAAAACGUAGGAGAAACCAGGGACCAGCGCAGGGUUAGUGUAACUCCAAACGCUUUUUUCGUCUAUUCUCACGUCUGUCACCGCGCAAAAAAAAAAAGAGAAGCAACGGUUCGUUGAGUUCUUGUCACCUCCGCAGUGGUGUCACACCAUAAUGCACACCCCUCUCUUCCAGUCCUCUCCAGAGAGUAGCUUAAAAUUAGUUCCACUUGUCAAGUGUGUGAAACUGAUUGUGUGAUGUUGGCCUACCUGUGAAA